CUCAAGAACUCCCAUCCCUAAUAAACAGUCUGCGUGAUACAAACCAAAAUAAAAUAUUCUAGAACACGCUUUAGUUGACUGUUUAACAGUUGAAUUAAGCUUAAACUAGUUCAAAAAAUACCAUUUAAUUAUUAUCUAGGAACAGUUUCUUUUAUAAAGUAUAAUCUUUCACUAUAAACAAGUCGGCUUUUUAACACGUGGAGCACGUGGAGAAGAGAUAAUUGUUUACUGCAAUAAUUUUAACAAUUUCAUCACAAAUUCUUGGGAUAAUGGUGUCCGAAAUAUUCAGUGAAUAUUAUAUAUGCAACUUCAACGAUGCUGUGGCCGUUGAGGAUCUGCCGGCCGAUGAGCAACUGCGUCAAUUGUGGACCCGCCAGAAGCUAUGGACAUUGGAGGAUCUGCGCGAGAUCCUUCAGCGCUGGCGGGAAAAGGGAAAACCCGAUCUUAAAGACGAUCCCGCUUCGCAACUCAACGAUUUCCUGAGGCUGAUCUUCGCCUUUGUUCAAAACAAUUUUACUGGACCCUUCGACCAAUUGGAAGCUUUACAGCAAAUUCAUAGUCAACUUAACCUGGAGGAUAUGGAUGCACAGGAAAAACUUAAAGCCAGCGGCGAGGAACUGAAUCCGAAUGUUAAGACUGGAGAACUAUUGCUUGUGGCCAGGGAAAUACUUCAGGGAUUGCUGAAAAGCCAUCCCGAAUCGAAGGUGCUGACGUGGUGGCAUUUACGACUAAUCCUGCUGCAUCAGCAUGUGCUGGAUGAUCUGGCGGCUUCACUAUACGAACAAUUCAAAACGGCAGCUGGGCUUCUUCAGGCCCAAAUCAACCAAUUUGAGAGCAGGGAACUGCAGGCACUGCUGCUGCUGGAGUUGGCCAAUGGUUAUCUGCAGUUUCAUCGGUCCGAAAUGGCCUCCCAACUGCUGGAUGACCUGUGUAACCAUCUCCAGGUGGAGCUGAAGGUGGAGGGUUUGCUGGGAGUACGAACCAAAUUCCAGCAGAAGGCUCUGCCGCAGCUCUGCCUGAAAGUGGAGCAGCUGAAGGAGCAGGACAGCCUGCCCCCAGCCAUCCGUACAAAUGAGAAGGCCAAGUUGCCCAAGCUGCUCCUCUUGGAGGAUGACACGCGACUGGAGCGGAUACGCUUUGUGGACCUAAAGGAUAACGAAGUGAUGACGCUGCCCAGUGUGCUCCAAGCUCUGGUGCUGGCCAAGGUAAAACAAUUAAAACGUUCACAGCCCAAGGAUCGCCUGGCGGAUGAGCAACUAGAGCCAUAUACACAAACCCUGCUCUACCAGGAACAUGGACCUUUCCAAGUGCGCCAGGCGGCCCUUCUCCUGAACUGCCUGCAGGAAUCGGGACAGCGGAGAACCGUCGAACGCAGCUGGAAGCAGUGCGAGGAGUGCGUGAAGCUGCUGGACAGCUCCGAGGAGGAGCUAUCGCUUCGAUCCCGGCUCUCCUACGGCUUCGCCGCCCACCUCAGGCCCAAGUGGCAAGUUCAGCUGCAACUUGUGGAUCUACUGCGAUCCCUGGGCAUGACCAAGACCGCUCUGGAUAUCUGUCUUCGCAUACAUGCCUGGCAGCAGGUCAUCGAGUGCUACACGAGUCUGGAACUUCGUCACAAAGCGGCGGAGAUUAUCCGCCAGGAGCUGGAGAAGAAGCCUACGGCUUUGCUAUACUGCCUGUUGGGCGAUGCCAUCGAUGAACCACAGUUCUACGAGCAGGCUUGGUUGCAUUCCAAAAAAACAAGCGGAAAAGCUCAAGCCUAUUGGGGCAACUACUUUUACAGGAGUGCAGAUUAUACCCAGGCCAUGGAUCACUUUGAAAUCUCGCUGGAGAUAAACAACUUGCAGGAGGGCAUCCUUUUGCGCUGUGGCUACUGCGCCAUCCAGCUGGAACGCUGGGAGGCGGCCGUCAAACAUUAUCUAGCUUACACUCACCUGGAGCCAAAUGGCUUUGAGUCCUGGAACAAUCUAGCCAAGGCUUUGAUUAAACUGGGUGACAAGCAGCGAGCCCAUCGCGUUUUGGGUGAAGCCCUUAAGUGCAACUACAGCAACUGGAAAGUCUGGGAGAACUAUAUGCUGGUGGCCGUGGAUACAUCCCAUUGGGAGGAUGCCAUGCGGGCGUACCAGCGUAUGGCGGAGCUUAAGCAGCACUAUCUCGACCAGGAGGUGCUCACUCGGAUUGUUUAUGGCAUUUCCAAGGAAGAUCCCGCCGGCUCUGGUUCUCUGAUCAAGAGGCUCAUAAAGCUGCUGGGUCAGCAGAGCAUUCAGCACGGGAAUGAACCUCUCGUUUGGGAACUGGCCGCCUUGGUGGCUCCAACACCGCUGAAAAAGGCGGAGAAACUGGUGAAGUCGUAUCGUGCAUACACACCGAAACAUUUGGGAUGGGAAACCAAAUCGGAGCAUGCCUUGAAGGCGCUGGACCUUUGUCUUGAGGUCUGUGAGCUCUCUGAGGCGGCCAUCAAGGAGCACAUCCCGGAUGAAAGCGAGGUAAUGAUUACGUCUCAGCUUAACUCAGCCAGAUUGGCGGGCACAUCUUGUUUGAAUGCACUGAAACGGGCCAUCAAUGUGGAUGUGCCGGCAGAGCAGACGGAGAAGGUGGAGCAGCUGGAAAAGCGGAUCCAAGAGUUGACAAAAAUUGUGCAGGACCGUAUGAACGCGCCUCGAUCUUAGUUGUAAACUAAUUUGUAUCUGGCUGACCAAUAAACCCUGUUUUGUAUUCUA